GAAUCUGUGCUAGCUUGGAAGACCUGGAAACAGAGUUCCCUAUAAAUAAUUUACAUCUCUCUUCUCUCUUUAAGCUAUCAGAUUAAUUAAAUAGUUUGUUUUCUUUUCAUUUCUGUAUCAAGUCUACUCAAACAAGGGCAAUACAUCUCUACGUUUUAAUCCUUUAUUUCUCACUAAUUUUGCUGAAAGAUGAGUUCCAAUCCUUCAGCAUCUCCCAUCAGCAAAAGGCUAGAAGGCAAGGUGGCAUUGAUAACUGGUGGAGCUAGUGGCAUAGGUGAGUGCACAGCAAGGCUAUUUGUUCAACACGGUUCCAAGGUCCUUAUUGCGGAUGUUCAAGACGAUCUCGGCCGUGCUCUCUGCCAAGAAUACGGCUCUGAGGAAAUCAUCUCUUAUGUCCACUGCAAUGUAACAGUCGAUUCUGAUGUCCAAAAUGCGGUUGAUACAGCUGUUUCCAGGCUGGAAGGGAAGGUGGCACUAAUAACUGGUGGUGCUAGUGGCAUAGGCGAGUGCAGUGCAAGGCUGUUCGUUCAACAUGGUGCAAAGGUUCUGAUUGCAGAUAUCCAAGAUGACCUUGGUGAAGCACUUUGCAAGAACCUUGGUUCCCAAGAAUCCAUAUCGUACAUCCAUUGCGAUGUUACAUGUGAUUCUGAUGUCAAAAAUGCUGUAGACAUGGCUGUCUCCAAAUAUGGAAAGCUUGACAUCAUGUUCAACAAUGCAGGGAUAGUAGGAACCUGCAAGGCUCCGAGGAUCUUAGCUGUAGAAAUCGAAGAUUUCAAGAGAGUGCUUGAUGUCAAUUUAUUUGGUGCUUUCUUGGGGGCUAAACAUGCAGCUAGGGUCAUGAUACCAGCAAAGAAAGGUUGCAUUCUCUUCACUGGAAGUUUGGUUACAGUAUCUUGUUGUUCAUCUCCACAUGCUUAUGCCGCAUCAAAGCACGCGGUUGUCGGGCUUACCAAGAACUUGGCUGUAGAAUUGGGACAGCACGGAAUCAGGGUCAAUUGCAUAUCUCUUUUUACCAUUGCAACCCCAAUGGUAAUAGAAUCUAUGGGUAUAGAAAAGAGGAAGUUCGAGGAGUUUCUUUCUUCAUCAUCAGCCAUCUUGAAAGAGACACUACUGGAACCAGAAGAUUUUGCAAAUGCGGCAAUUUAUCUGGCAAGUGAUGAAUCCAAGUAUACAAGUGGGAUUAAUUUGGUGAUUGAUGGAGGCUACAGUUUGACAAAUCCUACUCUGCCUCUAGCUUUGAGAAGCCUAUUUUCUUAAAGCACACAGUAUGCUAUUCUUAUUUAAUUCCUUUUUUUUGUUUU